GGUUUUGGACCCUGGCCCGACCCGGCUUCAUCGGGUGAUCAAGCUCAGGGUCACUGCAGAUUUCGAAGCUACACGAAAAUUACAACCUCAUCAUCCAGAAAGAACACGAAAACAAUGGGACCAUGUCGAAGUAAUUCCUCGAAUUCGACACGAGCGAAGCCGGUAAACCUACAUGAUGGUCAAGAAGCAGACGAGGAAGAAGAAGAUUUCAUGUCGGAUAAGUUCCUCAAACAAAUCACAGAAACAUCGACAGAAAACAAGACAUAUUCAGAAAAGCGUAAACGAAGAUUGAUAGACGCCUCGACAAACCAUCAAAAAAGAUCCAGAGUUCAGCGAGAGAUCGAGGCCCGAGAAGAAGGUUUAAGUCGAAAUUUGAUCCAAGCAAAUGUCGUCCAAGAGGAAAAGGCCCCACCAGAAUCGCAUAGCAAGGCGUUCCAGAUGAUGUUAAAGAUGGGAUUUCAACCGGGUAAUUCGCUUGGCGCAUCGGCCUCUAAUGGAUCGAAUGAGCCUAUCAAUAUCGUCCCCAGGUCCGGCCGGGCCGGGAUCGGAAUCGCGCCCAAACCGGUAUCGGCAGCCAAGCUUCCUCGUCUCCUUUUUAGCGUCAAAGGAAAAAUGGACCUUACUGAAGAAGAAACAGCGCAACGGGAGGCCUUCUUAGCAACUUCUCGCACCCGGUUUGAUGGCCGAAAAGUGGACGCGAUCCUCGGAAGGGCUUGUAGGACUUGCGAGGAACUCGAUCGUCGUCGCGGAUUAGAGUCGAAUAUCUUCUGGAUCAUUAAGCCUUCUCCUCAAGACGAAUCAAGAGAAGAUGCUCAUCUCACUCGGCUCGACAGAUUGGUCUCGCUCGAUUGUCAGAAUGAUCCCGAUAAUAUCCUCGAGGAUCUAGAAGACGAAGAGAAACAGAAUUGGUUGGCUUUGGAUCCAUCAACCAGACUAUCUUGUACACUGGGAUAUUUACGGGAAGAAUAUUUUUACUGUAUCUGGUGUGGAUGUCAGUAUGAGUCAUUAGAAGAACUGAACAAGGAAUGUCCUGGGGAGGAAGAAGAUGACCAUUGAGUUUUCCCCUAAUAUCUCAAAUUCCAUUCCACAGCACACAAUUUAUUCUUAUCUAUAGAUUGUACUUCUUAUUUUGUCAAAAAAAAAAAAUCUGGUUCCAAAUGUUGUAAGAAUCAGGCUGUCUUUAUUCAGAAGCAAUUGAGAUGUAAUGGUUUCCAUUCAAUGAAUUUGAUCAAAGGGAAAUGAUUUGAGCUGUGGUUGAUGGACCUGAACUGAUUUGAG